CAACAUUGAAUCAAUGCUAAGAAGUGGAAAUUACAAUUUUCUUGAGCUAUGUUUUUUUUCAAAGAAAAAUUAAAUGGAUCCAUCCUGGACUAGUUUCUCAUUCAUUGAUGAGGUCUUCAUUAUAUGCCUUUCAGUGGCGAUUCUCCAUGGAGAAGCAUUAACACUGUAUUGACCUACAUUACUUCACGUAUUGUUGCCGUACAGUAUGUCUUAAAGCUAUUCUUCCUCACUGUGACUCAAUAUCCACAAUCCAUUUUGUGUAUGUUGGAUUGAUGGCGUACACCAUUCAUUCGUCUCUCCGUCACUGAAUGGUUUCCAUGGGCAGGUUGUUAUCAAUGUGUAACCAAGGUGAGUCAGGAAGGUUACGUGACUCCCAGGAUUCCACAGGCUGCCAUUUGCCUUUCUGUACAAUACAGGAUGAGAUGUUACAGGCUUAUCACACACAGCAUGCUAAUGAUAGAUCAUUACAGGAAAUAGAAAUUUGAAAUAUACCUUUGUUAAAGUGUGUGAAAGCACCAGUAUCAACUUGUUCUUAAUGCUCGUGUGGAUCAGUAUUGCUGAAAGAAAAAAAAGGUGAAGACACAAUUUGCUCUGACAAAGUGCCAGCCUGGUUGGUUAAAUCACAUUUUAAGAACUUCAUCUGAAUAUCCCAUUGGACCUAAUGAGGGAUACAUCCUUUUCCCCUGGAGCUUAAGUCCUAUCUCUGUGGGAACCGAAUGAUAGCAGGUAGACUUUGCCCUGAAGGGGAACCAACACUACAGGAAGGGCGGCAGAGCAGUUUCCUGGCCGUCACAGCAGAGUUGAUGAAAAGAUCUGCUAACUUUUGGUGGAAUGGACGAGACUAAUGACAGCAGCAAUGGUGGUUAUGAACCCCAUCCCCCUCCGUACAGUACUCAGGACUACGGACAGGGUUCUUACACAGGGAUGAGCUAUCAGGUGGGGAAGGGGAACGUUGCAGUGGUCUCCCCUCCUGGCACCUAUGAUAACAUGGUCCAUCCUGAGGGCAUGGCAGCAGAUGGAGGCGACCAUCAGUAUGGUCAAGCUCCACCUGACUACGGUCAUGGCUUAGAGGACAGCAGCUUCAGCGACGCUGCCAUACGAAGAGGCUUCAUAAGGAAAGUCUACUUGACUUUGAUGAUUCAGCUGCUGGUGACGGUCGGGAUCAUCUGUGCUUUUCUUUACUGGGACGCUCUCAGGAAAUGGACAUGGGCCAACUACUGGUUCUCCUACACCAUGAUGGUGGCGGUGAUGGUGCUCAUCGUGGCCUUGUCCUGCUGUGGCAACCUCCGUCGUCAAGUCCCCCUCAAUUUCAUUGCCCUGGGCCUGUUUACUAUUGCAGAGGGCCUGAUGCUUGGAUCUGUGGCAGCGUACUUUGAUGCAGAAGCAGUUAUGUGGGCUGUGGGAGCAACAGCGCUGGUGUCCUUCGCCUUGACCCUGUUUGCUCUGCAGUCAAAGUGGGACUUCACCAGAGUAAAUGGGAGCCUGUGGGUGUUUGCCUGGACCCUCUUUUCAUUCGCAUUGCUGUGUGCAAUCCUCCGAUCACAGUAUCUUUACAUAUUGUACGCCUGCCUGGGAACCUUGCUGUUUUCUUUAUACUUGGUGUUUGAUACCCAGCUUAUCCUGGGUGGGAAACACAGGAAGUAUGAAGUCUCUCCCGAGGAGUAUGUGUUUGCUGCUCUCAACCUCUAUUUGGACAUUGUCACCUUGUUCCUCCUGCUGCUGCAGCUCAUCGGCCUAUGCCGCUAACACUGAACCUCGUUGACAGGCCUCCCUAAAGAAACACUGAAACUCUCAUCAAGCACAUCAUGUACAGUUGUGUUCAAAAUAAUAGCAGUCCAACAUCACUAACCUCAUAAAUCCAUUUUUUUGUAAAAGUGAUAUUUCUA